ACAGCCACACAGCAUCCCCGUGAGGACUUAUUGAUCACGAAAAGGAGCACACACUCCACACCCGUGCUUUUCGUUCUCUUUCGGAAAAUGUCUCCAUCAGAAACGGGUCGACUGUCGAAAUUCUCGAAAAAUCGGACAUAACCGAUCCCAAAAAUUAUGUGACAUCGAAAAUGGCGACUUCCAGUGACGGAACGGCUACAAAAAGACUUUUCGAAUGGUGGAAAACCUACCUUCGUUCGGACUAUAACAAAUAUCGAAACGUUGUUCUGUGUACCUGAUUGAAUCGUUGAGUUUUUUCAAUUUUAUUACAUAUUUAUCAUUUAACAUCAGUUUUUUUCUGUAUCUAGGCCACAUUUUUAUCAAAUUAUACGCACAAACUAACAUUAUCGUCAACAUUCAGUAAAUAUUAUUAGGAAUAUUUUUGUGAUAUGUGAUAUAACUAAACUUUACUUCAUCGGUAUUAUUCAUAAAUCGCGGCAUUCAACUCACCGUCGUUCAAAACAUGGUGGAUUUAGGUGGAUACAUAAUAAUUAUGUUUGAAAGCAAAGACAGGAGAACUAAAUUAUAUGGUUCACCUCUUGAUAAAGAAAUUUUCGAAAUUGGUGAUGAAAUUCUUGAAAUUAAUGGCAGAACUUUUGAUGAAGCACCAUAUUCAGAAGUUAUCAACUUUAUUCAUCAGUGUAUACGAUCCCGAACAAUAUGUAUGAGAGUGAAGAAACGAAGCGCUGCUCGUUUAGCGUUAGAUUUAGACUUGUUUUCGAAGGUUCAAGAUGCAUUCGUUAUCGCUGUCGAAGAUUCAGCAAGGGAUUAUUUGGAGAAACUACCCGCUUUCACACGUGUCACCGACAUGAAACAACUAGCAAAACAAUUCAAUCAAGAAGGAUCCUCGAACGAAGAACUAAACGGCUUUCUAAAAAAUACCCCUUUAUAUGUAACUUCUUUAACUGCUACCGAAAGUAUAAACAACAAUUGCACCGGAAGCAAAAGCCUAGAAGGGGGAAGUGUGUUGAGUACCACGACGUCCGUUGUAGCUUGUAAUAAAGAAAUCGCCUCUAUAUCUAAACAGGACUUACCCAAUGGUAAAGAUCUUGGAGAUUUCUUUGCAGACCACAUAAAUAUUGUGCCGAAAGGUGUUCGGACUCCUCAGAGCGAUCUUCUGAAUGCCCGAGAAAGUCCAACACAAACCAAGAAAUUAGCAGAUAGAAGUUCUUCCCCUUUUCAAAAUGGACGAACCGAAUUACUAUUAGCCACAGAAGACAAUAAUAAAGUGAAAACAACGGCCAUCGUAGAAAGCAAUAAUAAUAAAUUGGGCGUUGAUUUAGAAAAUCGGCCUCGUCGACGCUCGGGCAGCAGUAUCGUUGUACUCGACGGGGAGCUAGAUCCAGUAAAAAAACACCCUGACGACUUGAACGAUAGUUUAGGGUACAAUAACAUGGUGAUGAUGAUCCCCAGUGAGAACGGACCCCAUAGGGAAAUGGCCGUCGAUGUUCCAGAUAGUUUCAUCGCCAGAAAUAAGACACCGCCUAGGUAUCCACCACCUAAACCUAUUUUACAGAGUGGCAUGAAUGAUUCAACGGUCGCUCAGACGUCGGUCUUAGAAAGACCUUCCGCAGUAACAAAGCCUGUACCUCCUCCGAGGGAUCACCUCAAAAUAGAAAAGGACGGGCGUCUAGUCAAUAGGGCACUUGCACCACAGUUACCUGCAAGAAUAACCAAUAACAAUAAUAUCGUUCCUAGUAAUAACUCUUCUGGUGCCAUUAUGUCGCCAAGCAGCGUCGAACCAACAAAGGAUCAAUUGGAUAGUAUUAAGAAAUAUCAGGAACAAAUUCGAAAACGCAGAGAAGAGGAAGAUCGUCUAGCUGCUCAAAAUGAAUUCCUUAAUAGAUCCUUACGUGGUUCACGUAAGCUUCAGGCUCUAGAGAGUGAACCACAGGGAGCUUUCAAUGAUGCAUUCGAAGAUGAGGGUCAGGAUUCAUCCAGAUCGGACACACCGGCAACUGAGAAAGAACUGGUUCAUACUCAAUAUGGAUAUGGAGAUUUGGUCGCUUCCAUUCAACGGUUACAACUUCAACUGAAGAAAGCUGGUACGGGAGGUGGUUUGGGAGGCCUUGAAGGUCGAAUUGCUGCUAUUCAAUCCCUCCUUUUAUCGCCACAGUUUGGUCAAGCGCUGGCUGUUCAUAACAAAGUUCAAAGCGUUAGGUCGAGAACUACACCGCGGGCCACGCCGACUGCCCAAACCGCCCUAAGAGACUGCCUUGACGCUAUUAGUCAUUCUCAAUGUGCUUAUACUGUGGAAUUAGCUGCCUUAUUAACAGGUUAUGAAUUUGAGGCUUUAUUAAUGGCCCAUGAUGGCGUAGCAUCUAUACUACCACCGGAUUCCACUUCGCCUACUCCAUCUACUGCUGAAACUCUACCAUUAUCAGUAAUAGACCGAAGAUAUGGAGAAAAUAAUAUUAAAGUUAUUAAAAUAGAAAAAAGUACUGAACCACUCGGUGCCACAGUUAAGAAUGAUGGUGACGCUGUUGUUAUAGGUAGAGUAAUUCGAGGAGGAGCUGCUGAUAAAAGUGGUCUUCUACACGAAGGAGAUGAGAUUCUGGAAGUUAACGGUAUUGAAAUGCGCGGCAAAAGCAUAAACGCUGUCUGUGAUAUUUUGCAAACUAUGGAAGGUACUUUGACAUUUCUGAUUAUCCCUGGGUCUCAAGUGCCAAGAUACAAUAACAGGGAUAAUUUCCUUCAUGUCAGAGCGCACUUCGACUAUGAUCCUGAGGAGGAUAUGUAUAUACCUUGUAGGGAACUAGGGAUUGGAUUUCAAAAAGGCGAUGUUUUGCAUAUCAUCAGUCAGGAAGAUGCCAAUUGGUGGCAAGCCUACAGAGAAGGAGAAGAAGAUCAAACAUUAGCAGGUCUAGUACCUUCUCUAACAUUCCAGCACCAACGAGAAAAUAUGAGAUUGGCAGCAGAGGAACGCAUGUCUAAACCUCAAAGAAAGUCAACGACAUUACUUUGUGGCAAAACGAAUAAAAGAAAAAAGAAAAAGGGAGCAUACGCCGAUGGCGGUUAUCCUAUGUAUUCAAACAAUGUAGAUGAGUACGAUACUGAUGAAAUUUUAACAUACGAAGAGGUUUCACUGUAUUACCCAAGGGCUAACAAUAAGAGACCAAUUGUCCUUAUUGGACCACCAAAUAUAGGAAGACACGAAUUAAGACAAAGACUUAUGGAAGACAGUGAACGGUUUGCCGCCGCCAUACCACAUACUUCUCGAGCCCGAAAAGAAAAUGAAGUUGACGGACAAGACUAUCACUUCAUAACUAGAGCCCAAUUUGAAGCUGAUAUACUUUCGAGAAAAUUCGUAGAACACGGAGAAUAUGAAAAAUCUUACUACGGAACUUCACUAGAUGCUAUAAGGUCUGUGGUAAAUUCUGGGAAAAUUUGUGUUCUGAACUUACAUCCUCAGAGUUUGAAGAUACUCAGAACUUCUGAUUUAAAGCCGUAUGUAGUAUUUGUUGCCCCUCCCAGUUUAGAGAAAUUGAGACAGAAAAAAAUUAGGAACGGAGAGUCUUAUAAGGAAGAAGAGCUGAAAGAUACUAUAGAAAAGGCUCGUACAAUGGAAGACAAAUAUGGACACUUUUUUGAUCUUAUCAUCAUAAACAAUGAUACCGAAAGGGCGUAUCAUCAAUUACUAAAUGAAAUUAACAGUUUAGAAAGAGAACCUCAGUGGGUGCCAGCGGCAUGGGUGAAAGGUUGCUAAAUGUAACCUAUAAUUUUUAAAACUGGAACUUUUUAAAGCUCAAAUUGUUUGUAUAUCAAUUGAAUAUUUUUAAUUAUAUAUUAAUCCAUUUAUGUCAACCUUUUUUAACAUGGUACUCAACUAUUAGAAUAUUUGUUUCAUUCGUAUUGUUUAGUAAAUCUAGUGGACCUGUUCUAAAUUCUUGUACAAGUUACAUCGUUAGGAGUGCAGAUUAUGAAAAAAAUAAAUGAAGGGUAUACAAUUUCAAGUAUUUAAAAAGUGUUAAUAGGAACUGUUUAAAUCCCUUUUAAGAAGAUCAAAAGAAUUGAUUGAACAGGUGUGUGCAAAACAUAAACAUAAACAUGUGAUACUCUCUUUUUGAAGUGUAAUAUUAAUAUAGGAAAUAUUUUAAAGAGGACUUUUUGCAAAAAAGGCGGCAAUAAUGAAUGUAAAUAUUUAAAAUUGUAUAAAAUUUAAAAUUGUUCAAAGUAUGUUUGUAGCUAUGUAUAUCUAGCAUGAAAACUCGAAAUGUAUAUACUUUAUAAAAUUUGAAAAAAUGAGUUUUGUCUCAAUAUAAUUUUAUUCUUAUUGUUAAAACUGUUUUAAUCAAUAAAGGAUAAGGAAUAGUUAUAAA